AUGGUAUUUUUAUUGUCAAUCUUAGAAGAUGAGUCUUGCCGAAGCAUAGAUAGCAAUAUAAAUUACUAUAAAAAGGGAGGAAAGAGAGUCUUUGUGUGUCCCAAGCCGCCUUGUUGGGUAGUCUUCCUUAUUUCAACUCUUUCACUUUCCCCUUUCUCUUUCUCUUUAUCCGAUUGUUUAUGCACCCGCGAAACCCUCCAUCUCAAACACCCAAAAUGCCUUGACUGCACUCCACGAUUCGCCGCCGUUGGUCGCCGUCGCCAACCGUCGCCUAGUUUAUAG